UUUACAUUUUAAAUUAUAUUUGUGUAUCAGCAGCCUUACUCCGAACAUCUUGACAGCAAGCACAUCGGACAAAUUCUACUCCAUUGUUGUAAAAAUGGGAAGGAUAUAUGAGCGUCGUCUGGAACAGCCAACACCAAAUGUAUCUGUGGGAGAAAUUAUACUGAACAAAUUGCGCGAAAACGGCAAUCAUGUUUAUGCAAUAGACGGACUAACCGGCAAUCGGAUGACAUAUAAAGAACUACUCCAGAAAAGCGUGAAGUUCGCGAAGUUUUUACAAAAGAGCGGGAUAAAAAUCGGGGACACAAUUGGCAUUGCAACUGAAAAUCGAUUGGAUUGGUUUAUACCAGUUUAUGCGAGCUGUUAUCUCGGUGCUAUAAUUGCACCGUACAAUCCUAUGUACACAGAAUAUGAAUUGCAGCACAUAUUAAAUAUCGCGAAGCCACGUAUUGUUUUGGUAUCUCAGCGCACCGAAAAUCUUUUCGCUAAGAUUCUACCGAAGUUAUCCUGGAAAAUGGAAUUAAUACAGCUGGACGAUCAAUCACUCACAUCAAAUGUCCGUACUUUGACAAAUAUCUUAAAUAACGAAACGGAUGUAGACUACAUGAGAUACAAGCUUGCAGAAAUCGAUGAUCCCAGUCGGCAUCCGUUGAUGAUUCUCUGUUCGAGUGGCACCACGGGGUUGCCGAAAGGAGUGGCGCUGUCUCAUAAAAAUCUAAUGGCGUUUUUAACAAAAAUUAGCGUACCCGAGAACCUGGACACAAGAAGCAAUGAUAGAAUAUUGGUACUGGUACCGUUUUAUCAUGUUUACGGAUUGAGCUUGCUGUUACUCGGUCUUUUCGCUAAUUGCACCUUGAUCAUAAUGUCCGCCUUCGAGCCGAAACUCUUCCUAACCCUGGUGCAAGAAUAUAAGAUCACCCAUCUGCCGGUGGUACCGUCAAUUCUGACGUUCUUGGCGAAACAUCCGCUGGUAGAUACGUAUGACUUUCGCAGCGUGAGAGAACUCUUCUGCGGAGCGGCACCGCUUGCAAAGGACAUUCUAACCGCGGUGAAGGCUCGUAUCGGCAUAAAAUGCGUUCGUAACCUUUACGGCAUGACGGAAUUGUCGCUAUUGGGCGGUAUGAAUGGACGCAAUAAUGAUGAUGAUUAUGAUGAAUUCAAAAAUCCAGGAUGCGGGCGACUUUUCCCUGGUUUUCUCGGCAAAGUGAUCGAUCUCGAGACACAAGAAACGCUGGAGGCAGGCCAGGUGGGUGAGAUCUGUUUGCUCGGGGAGCAAGUGAUGUUGGGUUACUGGAACAACCCCGAGGCGACCAGACAGGCUAUUGAUCAGGACGGAUGGUUUCACACCGGCGAUAUCGGCUACUUCGACAACAAGGAGAGACUACACGUGGUCGAUCGCGCCAAGGAGCUAAUCAAGUACAAAGGCUAUCAAGUCUCGCCGUCGGAGAUAGAAACCGUCUUACUGUCGCAUCCCACGGUAAAAGACGCCGCGGUCGCUGCUAAACCCGAUGAACGCAGUGGCGAGAUCCCCGUGGCUUUUGUAGUGAAGCAACCUGGCGCCACGAUUACUGCCCAAGACUUGCAGGAGUUUGUCAAACAGAAACUAUCGCCGCAAAAAUGGCUGCGUGGCGGGGUGCAAUUUGUUGAUGCCAUACCGAAGAAUCCUGCCGGCAAGAUCCUACGCCGCGAACUUCGAGUAAUGAUCUCUAAAUUGUUGUAGUAAAAAUCGCAUGGCAAUAAGCUUGCUUAUAAGUAUAAAUUUCCUUCGACGAAGAUCAAAGAAAAGCAAUUGAGUUAACAAAUUACAAUAAUUUUUAAUAUUUUUCAUUAAUUUAUCGCCGAGAGCAAACUAACAAUCGUUCGAACAAGUGCCAUGGUGCGUAUGCUAUCAAUAAGAUAUAUUUCUGCGGUAAUGAACGUUUGAAUUGCGAAGAAGAGUAAGCGCCGCGAUUUUCUUUCGUGAAUUUACGUUUCGCCGCAAAAACGUAAAUUUAUUGCAGUUUAUUGUCAGGUUGAUUAAUUCGUAAGUAAACUGUUGUAAUAAGCGUGAUUAAAUGCAAUCGCUCGAUGAAUCGGUGUUCCACCCCUAAAUAUAGCGGGACAGUACAGCGAAAGGGUGUUUCGAGUUAUAUUAUACGAUAUCACUCUUGCGCCGAUCUGCGGUGCCGAGAAAAUAAGCGAAGAAACUUGUUGCAUUGCACACGUCAACGAAAAAUACGCGAGCGCGCGUGCAUGUGCUCCCAUAUUCCAUUAAUUUUUUUCCUUUUUUUGCAAUGUUAUACAGAUUGGACUUUUUAUGUCGAGUGUCGUAUGUUUUCCAGUGAGUCUCCGUAGUAAUGUGGACAAUAUCUCUCUGUAACAGAAUUAAGGUGAUUUUGUCGCUCAACGCUAAGUCGAUAGUGUGACGUUGUCAUAUAUACGUCACACAAUCACACAUGAU